AAAGACUUUAAGUUAGUAAAGGCUAAAGCACCGCUGUCUAUACAUUUUGUUUUCCCAUAUUUGUCCUUUGAUUAUUUCAAAUGAUUCAUUUUCUCUCUCUCUGUCUCUCUUCAGGUUUAUGGUGGCUGUGUACAUAACUUAGAGAAGAAUGGCGUCUAUAACAUGUAGCAAUCAACAUGUUGCCAUCGCAAGUGGGUCUAAAGUGAAGGUGAUUUCAUACAGCGAUCCAAGUCAGGUGGUGGUGUUUGAUUUGAAAGGUAAACCAAAGGAGACGGACGAGAAGACGAGUGAAAAGCAGAAAGAAGAGAAGAAAGCUGAAGAGGAAACAGCCGCAGGAAUCGACCAUCAUGUUCCGACAGGGCGUGUUCUGGCUACAGCAUUCUCAAGGAGUGGUGCACACUUUGCAGCGUGCACAGAUGACAAGGAGCUGACAGUCUGGAGCACGGACCCCAGCUGGAAGAAGCUUUGGACAAGGACAGUGGUGAAGCGCUGCAUGGCUGUGACCUUUGAUAACAGUGAGACUGCCCUCUAUGUUGCCGACAAGGCAGGUGACGUCUAUCGAUUUGAGAUUGGAGAUGAGAAUAAGGAGCACACCCUGAUUCUCGGACAUGUAUCCAUGUUAUUAGAUGUGGUAGUAUCACCGGAUGAUAACUUGAUCAUGACGGCUGAGAGAGAUGAGAAGAUCAGAGUUAGCCAUCUUCCUAAUGCAUACAAUAUACACACUUUCUGUAUGGGACACACAGAGUUUAUCAGCAGAUUAGCCAUGUUGGGAUCAGAUCAUCUUAUCUCCUGUGCAGGGGACUCAAGUAUGAUAAUGUGGGACUACAGGGAAGGAAAGGAACUCUGUAGAACCUCCUUUGAAUGGGCCAGACCUUCAUCGGAAGAACGUGGCCAGAAAAACGAGGCCACCGUGACGUGCAUAUCUUGCUCGAAGGAACACAAUCUUGUUGCUGUGACUGUAUUAGAUCAUUCCACUGUCCCAAUCUACCACAUCAAGACAGAGAAAGAUGGGCGUAGGACAUUCCAAGAGGUCACUAGGGUCGAAUGCAAGCAUCCUCCUUGGUCUGUGACCUUUGACCCCAGUGGAAGACUACUGGUCCUAGUACCCGACCCUGAGGCACCCCUCCUUGUAUUUGCGGUAGAAACGAAUGAUGAUGGGGUCUUACAGGUUUCGAAGGACCUGUCAACAGAGGGCAGUGCAGCACUUCUGGCCCAACAGGUACAGCAAGACUGGGAGUUCUUGAAAUGUUCUUGCGAUGUCCAGAGUGUCUUCAAAGGUCUUCACAAGGUACCCUUUGACAACAUGUCAGACUACCUCCAGCGAAAAACAGGAGAGGAUGGACAACGACCAGACAAAGAAAGGCCCACGGAGGAGAGCAAGGAGAUGGAACAAGAGCAAAAAGCGGCCCAUAGAGGGCGCUACAGGCAAUGGUGAUGCUGCUAAAAGGACGAUGCUGGAUGAGGAGGAUGACGAGGAGGGCGAAGAGGAGGUUGAUGAUGAGAUGGAGGCAGUCGAAACAAAUUCAUAGCGAAAAUGGAUGUACUUAUCUCAUCCUCUAUUGUCGACUUCGAGACAGCUAAAAGGACUAUGGUAGAUGAGGAGGAGGAUGAUGAGGAAGAGGAGGAGGUUGAUGAUGGAAAUGAUGAUUCGGUUGAGAUGGAGGUGGUUGAAGCGAAUUCAUAACCAUAGUAAAAUGGAUGUACUUGUCUCAUCCUCUAUUGUCGACAGCUAAUGGAUUUAAAGAGAGAGGGCACGAGCUUUAGACAAGGUAGAAAUAGAC